AUGGAUCCCAAUAGUUAUCAAUCUUAUAUUUUUGAUUGUGACGGAGUUCUGUGGAAAGGCCUCUUAGAGGUUCCUGGAAGCAUUCAAGCAUUAAACUACCUUCAAAGCCUUGGCAAAAAAGUCUUUUUCCUCACAAAUUCAGCACGCACUAAGCCUGAUAUUGCAAGCCAGCUAUCAUCAUACGGCUUUGCAGCCUCUUAUGACCAAAUUCACAGUGCAGGUACAAUGCUUCCUUUAUAUAUAAAUAAAUUCCAUCCUGGACUAAAAAACGUAUUUUUCAUAGGGCUGCGUGGAAAAGAGCUUCUUACAGACGCAGGCUUCAAUGCUUUAGAAUCCCAUGAAAUCCCUAACAAUAGAAUCACAAGUUUACAAGAUUUAAAAGACUUCAGACUUCAAGAAGUCCCAGAUGCUGUCGUUGUCUGCCACGAUAUUGAUUUCGACUAUUUUACAGGACUAUAUGCAUCUGCCUGCAUCCAAGAAGGGGCAAAAUUCAUUUCUGCCAAUUAUGACGAUUACUUUAUAUUAGGAGACUGAAAAAUGGCCAGCUGUGGGACCCUAUGCAAAUAUAUAGAAGGCGCAACAGGCCAAAAAGCAGAAGUUGUUGGGAAACCUAAUAGUUUUAUUAUAGAAGAAAUUAUUGAAGAGCAUAACCUGGAUAGAAGCACAUGCAUCAUGGUAGGCGAUACAAUUGAUUCUGACGUGCUGCUUGCCCACAACGCACAUAUAGACUCUAUGCUAGUUCUCACUGGAGUAUCUAAAAGAGAAGACAUAGAGAAAUAUGAGUAUAAACCAACUUUUGUAUUUGAGAGUUUAGGAAGCGCUUUUAAUUUAUAG